UAGCAGGCAUAGCAAAGGUCGAAGUGGUUGUAAAAGGGGAGAAGCAGAAGGAGAGCCUUGCAAACAUGUCAAGUGGACAAGAGUCUACCAGAGGAGGGUGCGGUCCAGAAUUGAAUUAAAAGACAACACCUCUGGAAUGAAGUUAAUACUGAAACUUUCUCGUCAACCUUUAUUGCUAUUUUUGCCAGCAAAUCCGAUGUGACUCUUGUAAACUCAAAGAAGGCAUUAAAAAAAUGACAGCGAUUACGAUCACCUUCGCUCUCCUGAUGCUUUGUGUCUACCCGAGUCUACUCUGGGGCAUUACCACUCAAGAACCAACGACGCACUCAACAUCGAGCAGCACAGAAAUAACAACAGGGAUAACAACGGUGAUUUCCCCCACCUUGACAAGCCUCUUGACCACAAACCAGCCGCCGGAAAAUGUUCAAGAGGUGACGGUGCAGGAGCAGAACAAAACCAGUAUAACACUCCAGUGGGAAAAGUUGAACAGCAUAUCCACAUACUUCCUACAAUAUGGCCUUCGCGGCGGUGAAAAGGAGGAGCGGGUUAAUGCUUGGCCGGGUCAGUUGUUGGUCAAGCAUGUGGUUACCCAUCUGACUGCUGGAAGAAAAUACCAAUUCAGGCUCAUCUCCGAAUUCAUGGGCGCCAACAGCAGUGGUUACAUAUUUUCUGCUCCCACUGCCCCUGAGGAUGUCAAAAAUGUGGAUGUGGUGACCCAGACUGAAAGCAGCAUUACUCUGUCAUGGGACAAGGUUGGCAAUAUCUCAACGUACACCCUACAAUGUACACCCGACUGCAACAUAACCAAACGGGACAUGAGUUAUGGAUGGAAAGCGGUGGUUAUGCGUGAGGUUUCUUCGCUCGCUGCUGGGAAAAGAUACAGUUUCACUCUCAUCACCAUGUUUGAGAACGUUACCAGCACCGGAUUCACGUUUGCCGCUUCAACAGUGCCCUCAAUGGUGGCUGUGGUCAACGUGACUGAGCGUUCAGAAACCAGUUUGACUCUGGCAUGGGAGAAGAUGGAUGCCCAGUGGACCUACUUGCUUCACAUUCACGGCACAAAUGUCACAGUCAAAUCGACAAAUGUCUCCCACUCCUUCACGUCUCUGCAACCCGGAACGGAGUAUCCAUUCACUGUGAUCACAAUGUUCUCUGGGCUCAACAGCACCGCUUAUACAGGCUUCUCUGUAACAGCCAUUAACUGCACCAACGUUCCCUGGCAUGUCACAACAUCAUCCAUCCAAGGAGCGAUCGAGGGCUUAUUUACAAGCGCAACCGCCUCCAACGGCUCUCACUCUCAUGUCAGUGCAACAGGAAGUCAAACGGUGUCCUUUUCAGGACUAUAUCCGGGCGCGACAUACAACUUGUCACUCCGGUAUGAAAGGAAUUCCACUCACUUUGUGCAGUGCCGUCACCAAUUGACAACCAUUCCGCCGGAUUUAACUGCUCACUGCAACUACUGGGAUUCAGGCUAUUCUGUCUUUGUCGCCUGGGAUAAGCCAGACGGUUUGUGGACUGCUGUGGAGGUUAAUGUGAGUGGAAAAACGUGCAUAGUGGAUGAUAUCGGACAACAACAUGUCAAGAUACCUGGUUUCCAACCUGCGAGAACCUACGGGGUGUCUCUGGCGUCAUUGUCAAGAAGAAUGAUGAGGUCCAAAGCGUAUGUUUUUCAAUGUUCUACUGAUCCGCGUGGGGUCAUUUCAGCGUCAGUUAUCUCUAUCCUGCUUAUCGGCGUCCUGGUGUGUGUGACAGUGUUUAUUUUAGUGAAACGACCGCAUGGUAUCAUCAGGAGCAGAAAGUCUUUCCUUGACGGUGUCACCGUUUCUACUCACAAAGUCACAGAUAUUCCUCUUGCAAAGUUUCCCGCACACUUUUACAGUUUAAGCAUGGAUAUGAACCGAGGUUUCAGAGAGGAAUAUGAGAGUCUUGCUUCUGUUGGCAUGGAUCAAAUGCAAAAUGCUGCUCUGAUGCCUGUCAACUCUGCGAAGAAUCGCUUCACUAACAUCUUGCCAUAUGACUGGUGCAGAGUGAAGCUACAAACCACAAAUGGCAUGUCUGACUACAUUAAUGCCUCUUACAUGCCGGGUUACAGCAGUAGCUGUGAGUACAUCGCCACUCAGGGCCCUCUGCCCUCCACAGUUAGUGACUUCUGGAGAAUGAUCUGGGAGCAGAGAGUGAGCGCCAUCGUCAUGGUGACCAACUGCGUUGAAGGCACGCGGACUAAAUGUGAAUGUUACUGGCCUUCACAAAACAAAAGUUGCCUUCACGGAGAGCUGACCAUCACAAUCGCAUCGGAACAGCAAAAGCCCAACUGGACGUUAAGGGAAUUCCAUGUGAAACAUCGAAACAACCUGGUGGAGAGGAUGGUCAAACACUUCCACUUUACUGCUUGGCCUGACCAUGGAGUCCCUCAGGGUACAGAUGUCCUGAUCCAGUUCAGAAGCCUCAUUAGGCAGCAUAUAGAAGCACAAUGGAACAAUGCUCCCAUUGUAGUUCACUGCAGUGCCGGAGUGGGCCGGACCGGCACCAUCAUAGCCUUAGAUGUUCUGCUUCAACAGCUGCACAGAGAUAAGACAGUGAAUGUCAAGGCUUUUGUGCACAAAAUGAGACUACAGCGGCCACACAUGGUGCAGAACGAGUCCCAGUAUGUUUUCCUGAACCAGUGCAUCUUGGACCGUCUGAAGUCUUAAAGCGAGACUGGUGAAAAUGUGAAAGAGAAUGCUUAUGUGAUAUAUAUGAGAAUUAUAGACGCUCAGAGUUUGAAUUAGAAAGCCUUCUUGCAUUUUCCCACAGGUCCCCCAAAAAAUCCUGAAUACUUGUCACGGUAACCAAAAAAAAAAGCACUUUUAUCUCGAUUUGCACCAAGAUGUAGUAUGUUUCUCUAUGUAAAUAGUAUUCCUGUUUUAGAUUACACUAUGCUACUACUUCUUUUAGAUAAUAUGCAUUUAAAAAACAGUGUACAAUGUAUUGGUAAUAGUUUACUUAUUUUCUUAUUGUUUCCAUCUUUGUAGUCAAUGACCUGUAAAUAAACCUAAAAGCAGUUUUAAACACUCAAAAUUCCAGCAUCAAGGCUAGAUUUUGAACACAGUACUUCCAAUAUGGAACCACUGCUUAUUUAAAAUAUAAUAAAAAUGGGGUCGUUCAAUGGACA